AUGCCGCUGAAGGCCAGUUGCCUCCUUCUUCUCUCCUGCCUCUUGCUCUGCUCAGCAGAUCAAUAUCAGCUGGAGGCAGAGAGAAUCAUGAACACGACUCCUGUCAUAGAUGGGCACAACGACUUGCCUUGGCAGUUGCUAAAGAAAUUCAACAAUCAGCUGUCCUUGGAGUCUGCAAACCUGACCCACCUGCAAGACACUCACACUAACAUCCAGAAGCUGCGUCUUGGACAUGUGGGAGCACAGUUCUGGGCAGCCUAUGUGCCCUGUGAUACCCAGAACAAAGAUGCUGUCAAGCGAACCCUGGAGCAGAUUGAUGUCAUCCACCGCAUGUGCCACCAAUACCCAGAUGACUUUGAGUGUGUCACGGACAGUGCAGGUAUCCAGAAUGCUUUCCGCAGCAGAAGGGUGGCUAGUCUGAUUGGUGUGGAGGGCGGCCACUCCAUUGACAGCAGCCUGGCUGUCCUGCGCACCUUCUACCAGCUGGGGGUGCGCUACAUGACCCUCACCCACAGCUGCAACACACCCUGGGCUGAUAACUGGCUGGUGGACACUGAUGAGGAGGAGGCAGUUCACAAUGGCUUGACUGGAUUUGGGAAGCGCCUGAUCAGGGAGAUGAACCGGCUGGGAAUUAUGGUCGACUUGGCUCACGUCUCUGUGAAGACGAUGAAGGAUGCUUUGAGUAUCUCCAGAGCGCCCGUGAUAUUCAGCCACUCCUCAGCCUACGCAAUCUGCAAAAACCGGCGCAACGUGCCAGACGAUGUCCUCAGCCAAGUGAAAGAGACCCACAGCCUCGUGAUGGUGAACUUCUAUAAUGACUACGUGUCCUGUAGCUCCAAAGCCAACAUUUCUCAGGUGGCAGAACACAUGGACUACAUAAAGAGAAUUGCUGGAGCAGAGGCUGUUGGCUUUGGAGGAGAUUACGAUGGCGUUUCCAGAGUCCCACUCGGCUUGGAAGACGUCUCCAAAUACCCAGACUUGGUUGCAGAGCUGCUGAGGAGAAAGUGGACGGAGCAGGACGUCAGAGGAGCCCUGGCCAACAAUCUCCUGCGGGUCUUCCAGAAAGUGGAGGAGGUGCGGGACAUGAUGGCUCCCGAAGACAUCACUCCCGACGAUGUGCCUAUUGCAUUUCAGGACCUGGAGGGCACAUGCCGAACGCGCUAUGGGUACCCUGACAAUGGGGAACGUCUCCAACUGCUGCCUGCUGUCCUCGCACUCUCUGUCCUCCUCAAGUUGCUCUUGUAGAAGCCCCGACACCUCCUGCCUCGAUGACCUCUUGGAAUCCUACCAGGCAACUGAAAGUUCGCCCUGGAGAUUGGGCUCUUGCUGCACCCCGCCUACCACUCCCAGAAGCCUUUGUAAAUUCAACUCAAAUAUCAAUGGGAGCAUUUCCAGCUUCUCUUCCCUGCCUGGCAGCUUUGCCCCCCGGUUACCCCACUCCAGGGAACUGGAGAGCCAUGGGACAUGUCUCCCCACGCCCAUCAAACUCUCUGCAGCCAAUCAGUCCCCACAGACUUGCAAGAGCAUGC